CCACUGUGCCUGGCUGUCCUUUUAAAUAAAUAGUAUUUAAUUGUAUCGAUAGGCCACAGCUUAUUUAUGCAGCCUGCUAUGAUGGACCACAUGAGUUGUUUUCAGUUGGGGGCUGUUGCUCUUGAACCUGUCCCAGAACACAUGGCAUGAGCUUUCUCUGGGGCACAUACUGUCUGUAAAGCAAGCAUAUAACCUCUCCCCCACUGCCCACUGGGCAUUGUCAGUCUUCGUCAUUUUCACUCACCUGGUGAGUGGGUAAUAGUUUCUUGCUGUGGUUUGCAUUGGUAUUUCCCCAAUGAGGUUGGGGAUCUUUUGUUUGUCCGUUGGCCAUUUGGAUCUCAUCAUUGGUGCAGAAUGCCUGUUCACGCCUUUCAUCCAUCUUGAGCUGUCUUUUUAUUUCUUUAUGAUUUGGAGGGUUCUUUGGGUGCUCCAUAUUCUAAUCCUUCGUCAGUUAUACACGUUGUAGAUCUCUUUUCCCUCCCUCCAUCCUGCCUUUUUCACUCUUUACGGGGUCUUGAGAUGAACUUCUCAAUUUCAAAGUUCUUAAUUCAAGUAGUCAACUUUCUCACUUUAUUAUUAACAUUUUGCGUGUUUUGAAAAACUCAUUCCUACCCUGUAGUCAUGAAGAUUCUCCUUAUUCACCUUUCACAUUAGGCCUUUAAUCCGCCCAGAAUAAAUUUGCAUCUCUGAUCUCUCCCUGCCACAUGCACCUGUGUGCACAUGCACAGCCUCAUGUGCACACACACACACCCAUUGCCAGGUGGCCCAGCACCAUUUGGCGAGAAGCAUGUUCUUUUCCCUACCUGCACUGCCCCCAGCACGUACCAUACCUUUCCCAGCAAGGCAGGCAGGGGCCCAGCUGCAGGCUGUAGGCUGGGAGGGUGGUCAGGGACCGCCCGAGGGCAGGCGAGGCGGACAGCCCUCCCCACCCCCAUCGGGACCAGCUGCUGCUCCUGCCAAACAGGUCUGUGAGGCUGCGGUGUCACGUGUUUGACUGGCGCUGACUCGGGAGCUGGCGGAUUAAGCAGGGGCUCAGGGUUUGUGACCCGCACUGGCCGCUGCACUGGCUGGGGGAAGGCUGAGGGAGCUCAUCUGCGUGGGCAGCACAGGAGGCCCGAGAGGCCGGCCAGGCAGCGGCUGUUUGUGGCAAGAGGCCCCCACCCACAGCACUGGACCAAGUGUUGAAGGUGAGGCCCCCAGCAGUGAGACUGGCACGUCCCUGGACAGCCCCUCGGCCUACCCCCAGGGCCCCUUGGUGCCUGGUUCCAGCCUGAGCCCGGAUCACUACGAGCACACCUCGGUGGGAGCCUAUGGGCUGUACUCGGGGCCGCCGGGGCAGCAGCAGCGCACGCGGAGGCCCAAGCUGCAGCACUCGACCUCCAUCCUGCGCAAGCAGGCCGAGGAGGAGGCCAUCAAGCGCUCACGCUCACUCUCCGAGAGCUAUGAGCUCUCCUCAGACCUGCAGGACAAGCAGGUGGAGAUGCUAGAACGAAAGUAUGGGGGGCGCCUGGUAACCCGCCAUGCGGCCCGCACCAUCCAGACGGCGUUCCGUCAGUACCAGAUGAACAAGAACUUCGAGCGUCUGCGCAGCUCCAUGUCAGAGAACCGCAUGUCACGCCGGAUCGUGCUGUCCAACAUGAGGAUGCAGUUCUCCUUUGAGGGGCCUGAGAAGGUGCACAGCUCCUACUUCGAGGGGAAGCAGGUCUCAGUGACUAACGAUGGCUCCCAGCUGGGAGCCCUGGUGCCCCCUGAGUGUGGUGACCUCAGCGAACCGGCCACCCUCAAGUCUCCGGCCCCCUCCAGCGACUUCGCGGAUGCCAUCACCGAGCUGGAGGAUGCCUUCUCCCGGCAGGUGAAAUCACUGGCCGAGUCCAUUGACGAUGCCCUCAACUGCCGCAGCCUGCACACUGAGGACACGCCAGCCCUGGAUGCGGCACGGGCCCGAGACGCCGAGCCCCAGACGGCCCUUCACAGCAUGGACCACCGCAAACUGGACGAGAUGACGGCCUCGUACAGCGACGUCACCCUGUACAUCGACGAGGAGGAGCUGUCGCCCCCUCUGCCCCUCUCGCAGGCGGGGGACCGGCCGUCCAGCACUGAGUCGGACCUGCGGCUUCGGGCUGGGGGCACCGCCCCGGACUACUGGGCCCUGGCCCACAAGGAGGACAAGGCCGACACGGACACGAGCUGCCGGAGCACGCCGUCGCUGGAGCGGCAGGAGCAGCGGCUGCGGGUGGAGCAUCUCCCGCUGCUCACCAUCGAGCCACCCAGCGACAGCUCUGUGGACCUCAGUGACCGCUCGGAGCGGGGCUCGCUCAAGAGGCAGAGUGCCUACGAGCGCAGCCUCGGCGGGCAGCAGGGCAGCCCCAAGCAUGGUCCCCACAGCGGCCCCCCCAAGAGCCUCCCCCGGGAGGAGCCUGAGUUGCGGCCCCGGCCCCCCAGGCCCCUGGAUAGCCACUUGGCCAUCAAUGGCUCAGCCAACCGGCAGAGCAAGUCUGAGUCAGACUACUCAGACGGCGACAACGACAGCAUCAACAGCACAUCCAACUCCAACGACACCAUCAACUGCAGCUCUGAGUCGUCGUCCCGAGACAGCCUGCGGGAGCAGACGCUCAGCAAGCAGACCUACCACAAGGAGGCCCGCAACAGCUGGGACUCGCCCGCCUUCAGCAACGACGUCAUCCGCAAGAGGCACUACCGAAUCGGCCUGAACCUCUUCAACAAGAAGCCUGAGAAGGGAGUCCAGUACCUCAUCGAGCGUGGCUUCGUGCCAGACACGCCUGUGGGGGUGGCCCACUUCCUGCUGCAGCGCAAGGGCCUCAGCCGGCAGAUGAUCGGCGAGUUCCUGGGCAACCGGCAGAAGCAGUUCAACCGCGACGUGCUAGACUGUGUGGUGGACGAGAUGGACUUCUCUGCGAUGGAGCUCGACGAGGCCCUCAGGAAAUUCCAGGCGCACAUUCGUGUCCAAGGAGAGGCUCAGAAAGUGGAGCGGCUCAUCGAGGCCUUCAGCCAGCGCUACUGCAUCUGCAACCCCGGAGUGGUGCGGCAAUUCCGGAACCCAGACACCAUUUUCAUUCUGGCCUUUGCCAUCAUCCUGCUGAACACCGACAUGUACAGCCCCAAUGUCAAGCCCGAGCGCAAGAUGAAACUGGAGGACUUCAUCAAGAACCUCCGAGGUGUGGACGAUGGCGAGGACAUUCCCCGGGAGAUGCUGAUCGGGAUCUACGAACGGAUCCGUAAGCGAGAGCUGAAGACCAAUGAGGACCACGUGUCCCAGGUGCAGAAGGUGGAGAAGCUCAUUGUGGGGAAGAAGCCGAUUGGAUCCCUGCAUCCUGGGCUCGGCUGUGUGCUCUCUCUGCCCCACCGUCGGUUGGUCUGCUACUGCCGGCUCUUCGAGGUUCCAGACCCAAACAAGCCCCAGAAACUCGGACUACACCAGCGAGAAAUCUUCCUGUUCAACGACCUCCUAGUGGUCACCAAGAUCUUCCAGAAAAAGAAGAACUCAGUGACGUACAGCUUCCGACAGUCCUUCUCCCUGUACGGCAUGCAGGUCCUGCUCUUCGAGAACCAGUACUACCCCAAUGGCAUCCGGCUCACCUCAUCUGUCCCCGGAGCAGACAUCAAAGUGUUAAUAAACUUCAAUGCUCCCAACCCUCAAGACCGGAAGAAAUUCACCGAUGACCUGCGGGAGUCUAUUGCGGAAGUCCAGGAGAUGGAGAAGCACAGGAUAGAGUCGGAACUCGAGAAGCAGAAAGGCGUCGUGCGGCCCAGCAUGUCCCAGUGCUCCAGCCUCAAAAAGGAGUCGGGCAACGGAACACUGAGCCGGGCCUGCCUGGACGACAGCUAUGCCAGCGGCGAGGGCCUCAAGCGCAGUGCCCUCAGCAGCUCCCUGCGGGACCUCUCGGAAGCCGGGAAGCGAGGGCGUCGCAGCAGUGCGGGAUCGCUAGAGAGCAAUGUGGAAGGGUCCAUCAUUAGCAGUCCUCACAUGCGCCGGAGAGCUACAUCAACACGAGAGUGUCCAUCUCGCCCACACCAGACUAUGCCCAACUCAUCUUCCCUCCUGGGCUCCUUAUUCGGGAGCAAGAGAGGGAAGCCCCCUCCACAGGCCCACCUGCCCUCAGCCCCAGCCCCGCCACCCCCUCACCCACCGGUGGUCCUGCCCCACCUGCAGCACUCCGUGGCUGGCCACCACCCAGGGCCCCCUGAGGGGCUGCCGCAAGCCCCCAUGCAUAGGCAUCACACCCAGCACUGCCACAUGCAGCAGAACCCACCCCCCUACCACCACCACCACCACCACCACCCGCCCCAGCACAUCCAGCAUGCACACCAGUACCACCACGGCCCCCACGGGGGGCACCCAGCCUAUGGGGCCCACGCCCACGGCCAUCCACCGCUGCCCUCGGCCCACAUGGGGCACGCAGCGCACCACCACGGGCAGCCCCCUGCCCCGCCGCCCCCCACCAGCAGCAAGGCCAAACCCAGCGGCAUCAGCACAAUUGUGUAGACAGCCUGGGCGGGGGUCCCAGGCUCCCUGAAACAGCUGCACACUACACAGGGCACGCCGAGGGGCCGCCAGCCGCACACCAAACCCGGGGCACUUCCGUUGCCAUCUCUCCCCUCUGCCCCUCACGGCCCAGCCGGAGCCCCAGGAGCCCACAGGGCUGGUGUUGUGUGGAACAAAGGUCCAGAUUUCAUUUAGCGUUGGCACCCUGGUCCCCGCUCACCUCAGUCUGAGGGAUGGAUGGGACUCAGCCACCGUCAGCCUUGAAACGGUGCCACCAGCCAAGUAGAUGUUGAACUGCCUCCCCUACUCCAGCUCUCAGCUCCCUGCGCCCUAAUUUACAUGCAUAUGAAAACCCAACCUAGAAAAUGAAGACAUGAGAUACAAAAACAGACAAAACAAACCCCAAAACUUGCUGCAUUAUUGCUCUUUUAUUGACAAUGGGCAAAAAAUUAAGUAGACCUGAUAUGGUUGAUGAAAAUACGUAAGUAAACUUUAUAUAAUAUAAAUAUAUAAAUAUAUAAAUAUAUAUAUAUAUAUACUAUAUAGGUAGUACUUGUGUGUGAAAGGCAGGCAUUUCAGCCCACAACAUUAGCAAUACCCACCUUACAAGGAACUCCACGUACCUAAUAGGAAGACAGUCCCUUAGUUGGGUGUGUGAGACAGUAGACCAAACCCUAAAUGGUAGGAACAAAUUCAGAUACUUCAUAUUUUCAUACAGAGAAAGAAGUCCCUCUAGGACUGGCUAAAAUCUUUACACAAUCAUUACUAACUGUGCCAAGUAACAUAGCAUCUAACUGUUUAAAAAGUCCAGUAUUGCUUUGUAUAAAUCCUUAUUUUAUUAACAGAAUACUAUCAUAAAUAGUCAGUAUUAUAAUGCUGUGUUAUUUCAGGUAAGCAACUAGCUAAACUGCAGUACACUCUACAGUAGCAACUCAGGACAGCUGGUGACAAGCUGGUUGUCUUAGGACAUUGGUUACACAGAUUCUUAGACACUUUAACGGCUGCGAUAACUGUGAAUCUCCAUGAUCCAUGUUUCCUUUACGCGCAUAUGAUUUAAUGCACACUCAUUCAGAGUCCUCCGAGAGGGGCACCCAUACACGGCAGAAGUGUUCAUCUCCAACAUGAAAGUGACCAGCUCUCAUCCUCGUCUCCCCAACACCAUAACUUCCUCAUCCGCCUCCAACCCACACCAGGCCGAAGCCCUCAGAGAGUGUCUCCACCAGGGACCACUCUUGAACCUGAAGGUUGACUUUAGCAUUUAGCAACCCAGGGCGGUGUGUGUGUUUCCUGUUUUGUUUUCUGAGUGGUAGCAGUGAUCAUCGUAAUUCCAUGUAGCCAUGUGCUAGCAGAACCCCUGUGUCAUCACCGUGGCCCCUGUGACCCCAGCCGACGAGUGCCCGGCGGAGCCCCUGCUGCCUUCCCAUGGUACAGUGAGCUGCCAGGGCAUCACAUGACUCAGCUGUGCUCUUGUUGCUUCUGUGUUGUGGUGACACCAUGCGCUCCCCGGGGCCAGACGCUGCACGCAGCGGGUCUGUGCCCAAGUUACCCACGGGCCAUACUUUGUAGUUUCAGCGUUUCGAGCCACUGCAGCCGUCAGUGCUGUGCUCCUAAACCAUGGGACCCGAGGACUGCCCCCCGGCGCCUGCCCAGGCGGAGGCCCUUUCAGAAAGGGUGAAGCUCACGCCUGACUCUGCGGGCCGCGGGGCCGCGUGCUCGGUGGACGGCGUGGUGAGCCGUGGCCGGACGGCAGGAGGAGAGGGGAGAGCCCCCUCCGGCUGUGUGUCACCUUGGCUGGCUGGCUGGCCAGGGUUUUGCCGAUUUCCCUCCUCAUAUCCCUCCCCUCGGUCAUAUCAUUGAGAUCACCGUACCAGCAAAUCUGCAAACCAAGCACUUUGUUAAUCUCCACAGAGAGCAAAUACAGCAAUCUAGUUUAGCCUUUUGAAAAAUAAGUGUGACUUUAACCCCUGUGCCCUCCCAUCGACGUGGCAUUUCUUUCUUUGGUGUCUGCUCAGAAAGAAACAGCAUGGGAGCAUGUGAUUGGGUCCAGGAUGGGCUGCGGGGGAAGCGCCCUGGUGUCCCCGACUCCUCAAUUAUUGGGUCUUCCUUAAAAGCCAGGCUCCCCAAAGCACUCUUUGUCUUGCGGUUUCAAGGAGGUUGUUCUGACCUGGAAGUGUUAAACUGCUGCAUGUCAUCCAGCGGCAGCCGUGAGGCUGCGCUCUACGUAUUGUACAUUUGCAAAAUGUAUUGGUGUGACUGUAGACACGUCGUUGAAGUAAAGUGAUCACAUAUUGAGUAUGUCAGCUUUUCUCACCCUCUUCUGUGCCGAGGGGAGACUCACUGUAACCUUUAGGUUGUUCCAGAAAAGAUUCGGGCCGUUUGGCGCAGAAUUGCUCUUUCUGAAGGGCAGCACUAAUGAAUAGGAACAGACAGGAAACCCCAGGAGGGGCUUUCCCUCUCCCUCGCCAUCCUGCAAGCCCCAUGGCCUCAGGCUGCCAGCCUCUGGCACUGUCCUGGGUGUGUACUGGAGCCGUGCCGGGCAGCAGGCCUGGGCCUCGCCUAAGUUGCUGCUAGAACCCACUGAGCCCCUCAAGGGGUUUCGAGCUGCACUCAGUGUGUUCCUUCAGGCCAGGGAGGUUUCAUCCUGUUUUAUUUGCAAGCUUAUGAAAAGUUUGUGGAAGAUACAUUGUUGGUGGCUUCCAGAGGCUGGAGGCAUGCUGCCCACAUCUUGUUUGGGAAUCAAAAGCAUUCAGUGAACUGGUGUUUCCAUGUGUCUUUCAUGGGAAUGUCCCCUCUAGAUUCCCACCUGUCACAGCUAUAGCUUCGGGGUCCUGGCAUCACAUUCCCCAGGAGGGGAGGUAGGGGAGGCCAAGGGCCCCAGGAUGUCUGCCUGGUCCCUUCUCACUGUGAGGAUGCCCUUGGCACACCUUUCUCAAGUCACACAAACUAUUACAGUUACAUACAAAAUUGCUGACAGGAGUAGGAGACCCUGAGGGGAGCAGCUGGCAGUGUGACAAAAGUCUUUUCUGGGACAACAAUCAAAUCAUGUAUUUGUAUUUUUUUAAGUUUACCAAUGAAUUGUACAACAAUGUAAAAAUAAAGUUCAUCCUAAUAUGAUGUGCACAUCUUGCUUAAAAAUGUCUUCAGCACCCAGUGUAGAGUGAUCUUUCCCUCACACACUGCAUGCGGCAGGAGCCUCUUGUUUUUCUUAACAAUGAGCUGAAAAGACAGCAGAUGUUCACAGCUGAGGCAGGGUGUUGACUCAGCUCCACGGGAAGCUCUGUGCCCGCAGGUAAGCACGCACGUCUUACAGUUCUCCUUGUAAAAUAUCAUCACCCUUCCUGCCUGAGAAACGAGUGCAUUUGUAUUUUAUAUAACAACAGUAGUCAAGGUUGCAGCACUGAGCAGGGUGCAGUGGGGGUGCUGAGCACAGGACGAGCAGGAGGAGGCCUGCCCUCCCCUCAGGCGCAUCCGCGUCGCCCUUCUGUGUGCAGUCACGUUGAGACUGCGUACAGCAUGCGUCUCCUCUUGGGAGAUGUCUUUUGCCUCCGAGUUGUUUGAAGCAAUUAGAAUCAGGUCCUGAAUCCCCAGACUGUUCAGAGACUUCAAGGGACACCUCCCUCACAAGAAGCCUGGCACCCACUGUGUACUUUUGGAAGGAAAGGAGUGCGUUUGUUUUCAUCUGCAUUCUGUUUGUCAGUGGUAACAGACUUUUAUCGAUGUAAAACCAUGGCUGUGAUCAUGUGGGGAAUUCAAAUAAAUCCUUUGAAACUCUCA